CAGCUGAUAUUUCUUGGUUUGUUUUUUGGUUACAAAAAUAUUCGGAAAACUAAAAUAUUUUUAAUAAUAUUUUGACUGAACAAUGACUACGAAAAAAGCUGUUAGUUGGUUUUUAACAGAACAAGGACGAAAUUUUUCAUUUGCUUUAAUAACCGGCACUAGCAUAACCUUAACAGCAGCUAGAUAUCUUCCUAAUACGUUUUUUAUCCAGAAAUAUAAAGAAUUCGUGCAUUACUACAAGAAUGGCACUCCAGUUGAGCUACCUAAAGAACUCUUGAAUCGUUAUAAUAAAUGUCUGGACUUGUUGAAUGUAGCAGAUGCACACAGAAAGUUAAUCCAACCAUUUAGCGUCUUUGGAUUUGAUUUAUUUCAUGCUGGAAGUACAAGUUCAAAAUUUGGAGCAUUGGUUGGAAUACCUUGUAAUUUUAUGUUUAAAACUUUAGAGGAUGUCAAAGAAUGCAAUAUUGAGGUCAAUCACAAACCAAUAGAUGUAUCAAUGGAGACCGGGGAGAAGCUCGGUAAUGCUUUAAUUUUAUCAGAAGGAGCCCAAGAAUUUGCAAUAUGCAGAGAGAUAUUGAUGACACAAAACAAAAAAGUCAUGUUUGAGUCAGCAUAUCCCUUCAUCAGCAUAUUUGCAGUGUACAACAUGGGGUGCUUUUUUAACAGAAGGUUUAACUUGUAUGCGGCCCCCACGGCAUUUAGAGGCACAAUGUACACGAUACUCGGCUUCUUCGGGGCUGGAUUAUACUUUUUAAUGAAAGACAUGACUCAAGUACAUUAUGAAGUUCAAGUUGAUCAGAAACUUGCUGAACUGGGCCCUGAAUAUGUCAAGAAUGGUGUAGAAUUUUAUGAAAAAAUACUGAAAAGAAACCAGGCUCUUCGAGAGUUGAUGGGAAAAGAAGGGGAGAGUAAAUACACAAAAUUGGGCAACGAAAAUUAUGGUCUGAGACAGCCACAUGUAGCUUUAGUACAUAGGAAAAAGUUCUUUGAAGAAAAAUUGCAGAAAAAAGAAGAGAUUGAGUCCGGUAAUAAUUAUUGAUAUAUGUGAAUAAUAUGAUGUAGAUAAUGUUAAA